AUGUUAUAUUUAAGGGUAACUAUCGCUGGGGCGCUGGCCGCCAUCAAGUUUCGAGAGAUGCUGUUCCUCGACGAUUUCUUAGAAAUGCUCGAGGAACUACCAGCAGAACUAAAAGAACGAAGCGAUGAAAUAAAAAGAUUGGAUAUUGAAGUGGAAAGACUUCUUGCUCGCCAUCGUGAUGCCGUUGACGACUUUUUUGAACGAAGCGGUCUUACAAUGACACAUGAGCAGCGUGUCAAUCGAUAUAACGGAUUGCAGGAUGAAUAUAAACACAUUCGGGCGAUUGCUGAACAAAAAUACAACAUUGCGCAACGAAUGCAAGACUUGCUCACCAAAUAUCAGAAUCAUUUGGAAAAGGAGAAAACGGCAUUUCAAUGUGAAAUGGAAGCUGACAAUUCUGGCGUUACUGGAAUUAUAGAGAAACGCUAUACCGAAUACAUUGAGGGCUUAAUCGCAAGUCGUAAAGAACAACGCAAGCGUAGACACACUGGGGCUUCUUCAAGAGAUAGUGUAGUAAAUGGGAUUCUGUCAAAGGAGUCGACCGAAAAAAUUGCUAGAAUUCUUCAAGAAGGUUCCCGACAGAGAAAUGAUCAAUCUGAUGAAUCGUCUUCCCCAUCGGCUCAAUCCUCAUCUGUUCCAUCACCUGCACCGCGUGGUCGUCCUCCGAAGUUUUCGAUUCAGAACCCAACUAGUGGUAGUGUAAUGCUUUCUUCGACAGCUCCUGAAGAACCACUAACAACUCCUAGUGUCAGGAAUUUUGGUACGCCGCAAUCUCAACCAAUACUUCCAACAUUUGUGAGUUCUGAAAGUCGACACGGAAGACAAAGAAAACUAACCUCUCGAGCUCAAGAAAUGUUCAAUCAAUCGCUUUCUAAGCAGCGAUUUCAUCAUGCCCAUGUGACAACUCCGGCUGCGGCCAUCCCAAACGAACGUCCACCAUUGACCCCGACCACUGUUCAAACACCACCAUCGGCUCCUCGUCAGCGGUCAACUACCGACGACGGAUCUGAUCAUGAUGAUGAAGGUAGCGAAGAUUCGCGCCGUUGGUGUUUCUGUAACGAAAAAAGCUAUGGUGAUAUGGUUGCUUGUGACGGGCCUGGGUGUCCUUAUCUUUGGUUUCACUAUCCUUGUGUGGGCAUCACUUUUCCCCCACCAAAAGGGCAGUGGUACUGUCCGCAUUGUACAAGCGUUCGUCAGCAAGCUGAAAGUGAGCAACAGCCCACUACUAGUGGCUGA